UGUUUUUUGCCGCUUCGUUGACAAAUGUUGAAAGAGAAAACAGCAACAAAGAGAAUCGUUCUUAAUGGCGUUUCUAAGGUCCGCAGCAACAACCACUAGCCUUGCCAUAACAGCGUCUGCUUUAUCUGCAGCUUUCAUCUUCCCCGGUCCUUCUUCUUCUUCUUCUUCUCCUCAUUUUCAUCUCCCUCAAUCCUUUAAACCCAUUCCCCUCUCUUUACAUUCGUCUCGAAAUUCCUCUGGAUUUUCCAGAAUCUCUGCCUAUUCCCCCUCUGCUGUUCCCAUGGAGAAACCCACCUCGGAACCAAUCUCCUCCUAUCAGAGCACCGUUGAUUUGCCCGAACUUUUGACAGAGUUUAUGGUGGAUAUGAAAUGUGAGGGCUGCGUUAAUGCCGUCAAGAACAAGUUACAGGGCGUUGAUGGUGUGAAGAGUGUUGAUGUGGACUUGAGCAAUCAAGUGGUUAGGAUACUGGGUACAACACCUGUGAAGACAAUGACUGAAGCUUUGGAGCAGACGGGUCGAAAAACUCGGUUAAUUGGGCAAGGGGUUCCCGAGGAUUUCUUAGUUUCUGCUGCUGUUUCCGAAUUUAAAGGCCCGAAUAUAUUUGGCGUGGUUCGAUUGGCUCAAGUAAGUAUGGAACUAGCCAGGGUUGAAGCCAACUUUAGUGGAUUGUCACCUGGAAAACAUGGUUGGUCAAUCAAUGAAUUUGGUGACCUGACUAGAGGUGCUGCUAGCACAGGGAAAGUGUUUGAUUCUGCAGAUUCUGGCCCUAGUAAUGAGCCAUUGGGCGACCUGGGAACAUUAGAGGCCGAUGAAAAUGGCGAAGCGUUUUUCUCUGGUGUGAAACAGAAGCUGCGUGUGUGUGAUCUCAUCGGACGAUCAAUAGCGGUGUAUGAGACCGAAGAUAAAUCAGUUCCGGGGAUGGCAGCAGCAGUAGUAGCUCGAAGCGCAGGUGUCGGAGAGAACUACAAGAAGCUAUGCACCUGUGAUGGGACUACCAUAUGGGAAUCAAGUGACAGGGAUUUUGUCACCAGCAAAGUCUAAUAAGGGCAUCUACGUCUCUUUCUUAGAAAGAAGCUAAGAUCCAUCAUUCUCAUAUAAGAUUUUGUGUUUGGAACCUAUAUUUCACUUUUGUUUACUAUUCGGAGCGGGAAUAAAUCUUGGACAGGUCUCUGGUCGUAGUUGGAAA